GAGCAAGCGAGCGAGCGAGCGGCCGCGGUCCGGUGAUCCCCGAGCGCAGCCCAGCGCGGCCGGCCGGCCCCAGUCCAGAGACCAGGGGAGCACAGCGCCACCGAGCCAAGCCGAGCGCAGCUCCCCGAAGCCCAGCGCGCGCCGUCGCCCGCGCCCCGCUCCGGGGAAUGCGCCCUCGGCGCGCCGGCCAGGGGGCGCCCGCAGCCCACCCGGGGGGAGGCGGCCCCUAGCGCCCCUGAGCCUUCCCAUAGCCCGGGAUGGGGCCCGGGGCCUCGACUGCUGACGCGCCCGAAGCCCGCAGAACCCGUUAAGCCGGGGCCGCGGCCCCAACCCGGGCUCAGGCACAGCGGCGAGAGGGCGCGGGCAGGGCCAUGGCCCCGGGGGGCCGCUAGCACGGACCGGCUCAACCGGGAGCCGCUCUGCUGCCGCCGCCGCCGCUGCUCGGGAGCCCAGGCCCCGCCGCGUGGAAGAGGUGUCUAGCCGGCUGCCUGAUUCCUGGGCCCUAGGCCCCUCCCACAAUGCCUGUCGCUGGCCUCCUCCUCUGGGCUUCCCUACUGACUGGGGCCUGGCCAGCCACCCCAACCCAGGACUACCUCCCGGCCACGCCCCGGGUCCGGCUCUCAUUUAAAGAGCUUAAGGCCACAGGCACGGCCCACUUCUUCAACUUCCUGCUCAACACAACUGAUUACCGAAUCCUGCUCAAGGACGAGGACCACGACCGCAUGUAUGUGGGCAGCAAGGACUACGUGCUGUCCCUGGACUUGCAUGACAUCAACCGCGAACCCCUCAUUAUCCACUGGGCAGCCUCCCCACAGCGCAUUGAGGAGUGCGUGCUCUCAGGCAAGGAUGGCAACGGCGAGUGCGGGAACUUCGUCAGGCUCAUCCAGCCCUGGAACCGAACACACCUGUAUGUGUGCGGGACCGGCGCCUACAACCCCAUGUGCACCUAUGUAAACCGCGGCCGCCGCGCCCAGGCCACGCCCUGGACCCAGAUGCAGGUGGUCAGAGGCCGAGGCAGCAGAGCCACCGAUGGUGCCCUCCACCCGACGCUCACAGCCCCACGCCAGGAUUACAUCUUCUACCUGGAGCCUGAGAAACUCGAGUCGGGAAAGGGCAAGUGUCCCUACGACCCCAAGCUGGACACAGCCUCAGCCCUCAUCAACGAGGAGCUCUAUGCGGGUGUGUACAUCGACUUCAUGGGCACCGACGCAGCCAUCUUCCGCACGCUUGGAAAGCAGACGGCCAUGCGCACGGAUCAGUACAACUCCCGGUGGCUCAAUGACCCUUCAUUCAUCCACGCCGAGCUCAUCCCUGACAGCGCCGAGCGCAACGACGACAAGCUCUACUUCUUCUUCCGUGAGCGGUCCGCGGAGGCACCGCAGAGCCCCGCCGUGUAUGCCCGCAUCGGGCGGAUCUGCCUGAACGAUGAUGGCGGCCACUGCUGCCUGGUCAACAAGUGGAGCACAUUCCUGAAGGCAAGGCUGGUCUGCUCUGUGCCAGGCGAGGAUGGCAUCGAGACCCACUUUGACGAGCUCCGUGAGCACCCGGCAGGCGGGCGGGGGCCUAUGGCUACUGCAGGGGAUGGCGGCCAGAUGGGUGGUCAGGGGAAGCCUGGUGCCCCCCACCCAGGAGUGGGCAGGGCCUUGGGGCUCGUGGCCAAGGUACCCUCCCAGCCCCCUCUCCUUCUGUCCCCAGAGGAUGUGUUUGUUCAGCAGACCCAGGAUGUGAGGAACCCAGUCAUUUACGCUGUCUUUACCUCCUCGGGCUCUGUGUUCCGAGGCUCUGCCGUGUGUGUCUACUCCAUGGCUGACAUUCGCAUGGUCUUCAAUGGGCCCUUUGCCCACAAGGAGGGCCCCAACUACCAAUGGAUGCCCUUCUCAGGGAAGAUGCCCUACCCACGGCCCGGCACGUGCCCUGGUGGAACCUUCACGCCAUCCAUGAAGUCCACCAAGGACUAUCCUGAUGAAGUGAUCAACUUCAUGCGCACCCACCCGCUCAUGUACCAGGCCGUUUACCCUCUGCAGCGGCGGCCCCUAGUGGUCCGCACAGGCUCUCCUUACCGUCUCACCACUGUUGCCGUGGACCAGGUGGAUGCAGCCGACGGGCGCUAUGAGGUGCUUUUCCUGGGCACAGACCGCGGGACAGUGCAGAAGGUCAUUGUGCUGCCUAAGGAUGACCAGGAGAUGGAGGAGCUCAUGCUAGAGGAGGUGGAGGUCUUCAAGGACCCAGCACCUGUUAAGACCAUGACCAUCUCUUCCAAGAGGCAACAACUGUACGUGGCCUCAGCCGUGGGCGUUACCCACCUGAGCCUGCACCGCUGCCAGGCAUAUGGGGCCGCCUGUGCCGACUGCUGCCUUGCCCGGGACCCUUACUGUGCCUGGGAUGGCCAAGCCUGUUCCCGCUACACAGCAUCCUCUAAGAGGCGGAGCCGCCGGCAGGACGUCCGGCACGGGAACCCCAUCAGGCAGUGCCGUGGGUUCAAUUCCAACGCCAAUAAGAAUGCCGUGGAGUCUGUGCAGUAUGGUGUGGCAGGGAGUGCAGCCUUCCUUGAGUGCCAGCCCCGCUCACCCCAGGCUACUGUUAAGUGGCUGUUCCAGCGAGAUCCCAGUGACCGGCGCCGAGAGAUGCGUGCAGACGACCGCUUCCUGCGCACAGAACAGGGCUUGCUGCUUCGCGCCCUGCAGCUUGGUGAUCGCGGCCUUUACUCCUGUACAGCCACCGAGAACAACUUCAAGCAUGUCAUCACACGGGUGCAGCUGCAUGUACUGGGCCAGGACGCCGUCCAUGCUGCCCUCUUCCCACCCCCAGCUGUGAGCGUCCCACCGCCCCCAGGCGCCAGGCCCCCCACACCCCCUUACCAGGAGCUGGCCCAGCUCCUGGCCCAGCCAGAAGUGGGCCUUAUCCACCAGUACUGCCAGGGCUACUGGCGCCAUGUGCCCCCCAGUCACAGGGAGGCCCCAGGGGCACCCAGGCCUCCUGAACCCCAGGACCAGAAAAAACCCCGGAACCGCCGCCACCACCCGCCGGACACAUGAGGCCUGCUGUCUGAGCCCUGCGAUGGGCCGGCCUAGUCCUCGUCCCUUUUAAUAUAAAAGAUAUAUAUAUAUAUAUAUAUAUAU